AAAAUAUCUGUUUACAAUUUAUUUACGAUAUGUUUCGUGGAAAGUUAACACUCUAAAUUAAUAUUUAGUCAUUUUGAGGUACUUUAAUGCUUCGACAAACAACUUACACUGCUCCGCUGUCGGCUUUAAAUGUUAUUAAGACGUUCGAUUACGCUUUGUGGCUUUAUAUCGGCGACGUGGGAAGUUGUCGGCGUGUGUUCUAUAGGAAAACAACAAAGUUAUUACCUCAAGAGAAAGAGAGGGAGAGAGAGAGAGAGAGAAAGAGAGAGAAAGAGGGAGACUUCGUGCCGGGCGAGAAUAACUAACGCAUGCUCUCGCUUUUACGAUCUAUCCUUACGGUUAGUAUCCGCACACACGUCGACGUCGGACGGUAAAUUUUCACUGUCGCACUGUUCUUAAAGCGUUCGUCGUUUAUACUUUAUCACGCGGGACUGGAUGGAGUCACUUCGUUGUAUCGUGAAAUCGUAAACGGAAAUAAAAGUGAUAACAAUGGCCAGCGAUUUUCCUGGGAUUUCAACGGGAAGGAGCGGCGAGUCCGAUAAUCCGGCGAUGGGCGGACGGACGAGAGGACUCUGAGAGUUUGUAGCGAUAUAUACCUCUCUCUUUCUCUCGUCGCCGGUUCGAUCGCCGGCCAUCCGGGCCAACCGAGGUUUUCAACGGGACGAUGGAGGUUUGCCCCGCGAAUGUGUCCAGGAUAGAGGGUGCGUAGGACUCCCGCGCAGAGGUUAGACCAGGAGCCUCGAGAGAUUCCAGCAUGGGGAAGUGUUGCAGCAAACGGCAAGAGUCUCAACCGAUCGGCUAUAAGAAAGCAGACACGGGACUCAGCUCAAAGCACAGCAAUGGAGGUUCCUUGGACCGAUACACCGCCGACCCAAAUCAGAGAGGCGUGCAAGCUCGGGCGGAUAUUAUCCGACCGAGGCCGACACCCUGUAAGCUACAGAUACCGCAUCAGCAACCCCGUAAAACGAAUCCGCCUGUUAAGUCUGCAUCGCACUCACAGAGAUCCAACAAGAUCGUGGUGGCACUGUACAAUUACACGGCGCGAGAAAGCACCGACGUUAGUUUCAUGAAAGGCGACCGAAUGGAGGUCCUCGACGAUUCCGAGCCUGACUGGUGGAGAGUGCUGCACUUAACGACUCUGCAGGAAGGCCUGAUCCCUUGGAACUUCGUAGCUGUCGAGCGGUCGGUCGAGAGCGAAGAUUGGUUCUUCGAAAAUGUGUCGCGUAAGGAGGCGGGUAAGCUGCUGCUGGUCGACGAGAAUCCUCGCGGUACGUUCUUGGUGAGGCCGAGCGAGCACAAUCCGCGGGGUUACAGCUUGUCGGUCAAGGAUUGGGAGGAAGGAAGGGGCCAUCAUGUGAAACACUACAAGAUUAAGCCGCUCGACAAUGGCGGCUUCUUUAUCGCCACCAAUCAAACGUUCUCCAGUUUACCGGCUCUGGUUAUGGCAUACAGCAAAAAUGCAUUGGGUCUCUGUCACGUGCUCUCGAAGCCCUGUCCGAAACCGCAACCGGACAUGUGGGAUCUCGGGCCUGAGUUGCGCGACAAGUGGGAGAUCAACAGGAACGAGAUACAGCUGAUCUCGGAACUGGGCAACGGCAAUUUCGGCAAAGUUUAUUACGGCAAGUGGCGAAACAAAAUCGAGGUGGCGGUAAAGACGCUGCGUCCAGGGACCAUGUCGACCGAGGCGUUUCUGCAGGAGGCAGCCAUAAUGAAGCAAUUCCGACACAGGCAUCUGGUCGCGUUAUACGCGGUCUGCUCGAAAGAGGAGCCCAUCUACAUUGUGCAGGAGUACAUGUGUAACGGCAGCCUGUUGGACUUUCUGCGAAAGGGAGACGGCAAGUACAUGCAGUUUGAGGAUCUAAUUUACAUCGCGGCCCAAGUGGCCUCCGGUAUGGAAUACCUCGAGAGCAAGCAGCUGAUACACAGAGAUCUCGCGGCGAGGAACGUGCUGAUCGGCGAGAAGAACAAGGCGAAGAUCUGCGACUUCGGUCUCGCCAGGGUGAUCGAGGACGACGAGUAUUGUCCGAAGCAGGGCAGCAGGUUCCCUGUCAAGUGGACCGCGCCGGAGGCCAUCGUCUACGGCAGGUUCAGCAUCAAGAGUGACGUCUGGUCCUACGGAAUCCUGCUAAUGGAGCUCUUCACUUACGGACAAGUUCCUUAUCCUGGUAUGCACGGCCGUGAAGUGAUCGAGCAAGUGGACAAGGGUUACCGCAUGCCGAAGCCGUUGAACCAUCCGCUGCCCGACAGCAUCUACCGACUGAUGCUGCAGUGCUGGGACGCUAGCCCCGAGAAGCGGCCCACGUUCGAGUUCCUGAAUCACUAUUUCGAGUCGUUCAACGUCACUAGCGAAAUACCGUAUCUCGAACCGCCGACGGACUGAUAUACAGCCCAUCAAUAUAUGCAAAAUCAUCAUCUGCCGCCGCACGGUCAUUUUCACCCAGCCCACAUCAAUUGUGCCAUGGAAUUUUAUGGUAUUUACUGCUAAGUAAAUUAUUAUUUAGCAUGUAUCACACGCCGCCCUCAUCGGAACCUUCGCGGACUGGGUGCGCCGUUCUCAUGGAGAGAAAACACUUCUAGUGGAAGAGAACACACACGCGUCCUCGCUGAUACUCUACACCGUUGUCGCGAGUGGCAAUUUUUUUUUCAACUGCGAAAUUUUUCUACUAAGAUUUCUGGCGACCAAUCUUCACGAGACGCACUGCCGCGAACUUAUCGAACCAUCACUGUCAAAUGCUGCCGAAAAAUUUCAUCUCUCAUCUCUCUUUUCUCCUUUUCUCUCCCUUACGUGUCCUUAUAUGUCCUUAGCGUUAAGCACUAAAAAAAAAAAACGGAUUGGAAGUUGAGUGUGCCAUGGUGUUUUUUGUAAGUACCGUUCGCAAGAACGAAUUGACAAGAUUCUAAUCUUCAUGACCAAUCAGGCGUUAAUCUUAAUGUUUAGAAUCGGAAACGAGAAAAGACGACUGCGAUAUUAGGACCGCCAGGGGCACCGGCGAGUCAUUUUUAUCCGCCGAUAAAAAUUUCGCGACUAACUUAAACGCGUUUUCGUACUUUUGACGAGGAGCAACCACAAUAAAGACGCUAGCAAUGUCGGUAAAUUUAGAUACAAGUCACGAUUAUUAGGGAGUAACGUGAUAUAAGUUUGGGAGUAAAAUGCGGAAUUAUAGAUUACAACAUAAUACAUCGUAUAUUAGUAUGUUAGCGUAUGAUUACGAGAAAUAUAUAUAUAUAUAUAGAGCGAAAAAGAGAGAAUGCGAACAAGUGUGCGUGUGUGUGUUUGCGUAUUGUGAAACUUGUGACUUGUCAGACAAGAGCAUGGUGUAUUUAUAUUUUAUUGAUCUCGGAUCACGGUUAUACAUCCGAAUUUUUCCUAAAGUCCAGCUUUUUGGAUACGUAGUCCUCGAGGCAGAUUUUCAUACGUACCGUUUGUGACGAAAUCGCUAUUAUGAGCGCGUGAUUUUUUCAAGGGCGAGGGCUGAACGUAUGUGAAAUUAGAUGGGAAGGGGGGAAUUAGAUUUCUCGCGUGUAAUUUGUCCGCCGAGAGGAAGCUCGGGAUGAGAAAUGAAUCUCGUAAAUGGAACGGUUACUGCGCACAAUCCGCGUGAAGCUUAUUUUCCGGACGAUAUUAACGUUCGACGGUUCAUUACUCUCAAGUAUUGAGGAUCAUACGUGUGAGUUUACGUGCGCUUAGCCUGUUAUUGCUAUUCAUUUCGGUUGUAAAACGCAUGUAAAUCGGCAAUGAGAUGCAUUUACUUGGACUUUGAAGAAAAAUCUCGGUGCUCACAGUCGAGAGUUUUAUCUCACGAGAAUGACUUUCGAUAAUAACUUGUUUACUUAUUCGCCGUGAACGAUUCUCGAUGGGACGAAAACUCGAGUGUGCACACAGCCAAACGUGUCUGCCAAAAACAGAUCUGAUUGUAUUUACGAUUGUAGAUCCGCUUUCUAUAUCGAUCUUCUUUUUUAUAGUUCUUUUUUAACGCAACACACCGAUGCAUUUAAUAGCUGCGUUUUUUCACGCGUGUAAGUUGUUUUAAGUACGCAUGGAUGGUGCGUCCGAUUUGAAUAUCCUGCGAAAGCGUAGCGAAUACCUCGCACAAAUUUUUUGUUAUCCUUCAUUUUUCGGCAGUCGCUGUGUACGUUGAAUUACGACGCUCUUUCGCGAAGUAUUCAUUGGUCUUGUUGAAGAGAGAAAAAAAGAAGGGUAUAAAAAUUAGGAUAGACGAGAGAGAGAGGCGAGAAAGUUACUAAUAUCCGGAUAAGUGCGAAUGCGUGAGAGUGCGUUUGAGAGCAAAAAAGAAAAAAGAAAAUGAUAUCCCGAAACCCGUGUCCGUGAUGUGAAACCGACACGACGGGCUUCACCGUCGGGGUGAAUCGGAAAUGCAUUUUCGGAUCAACUUAAGUCAUCGAUGUUACUCGUACAAAGUGUCUGAAAAAUUGUAAAUUUUCUACUUAAAGAGGCGAGAAAGAGGAAAAUACAAACGACGGAUUUAGAAUAGGGAUUACUUAGACGAUAAGCGUGACAGUCUCGUCGGCGGACACUUUGCUCUCCUCGCGGUGUCGCGAAUCGAAAAUGAUAUUCUCGCCUGCGAUAUUCUCCCAGGAUCAACGUCGUCCCCGCGAGGCACAUUACGCGCGCGAGACCCGAGAUUGAGUCGAUUGCACCGACGUCGGUUAAAGCCAGCUCUGGUAUUUUAUAACGUCACAUUUCUUUCUGAAUUACUCCUUAAUUUUAAUCGAUCAACGAUUAACGAUCAUUUUACGAAAGGUAAAGAUGAGAAACGUAGAAGUGUAUAAAACAGACUGUUGAAUGAGUGUCAUAACAGAAAGAUCCCGAGAUGUUUUAUUGCAUCAAGCACUAUGGUAUGUCAGUGCUUGGUGGACGAAUUAAAGCCUUAGUAUAAAAAUCUUAAUUGGUAUUGCCAUCUUUGCUUCUCGAGCCACAUUGUGGAUAGACUCGAUCUGUAAUCUGAAAAGGAUGGCGAUUCUAGUUAACUGGAAUUACUCAACCUUGAUCGUUGUUGCAAUCAGCUGAGUCAAGCAAUCUGUGUUGAUUGCAUCACAGUCGGGUUGACAGUGACGAUGCAUUUGUUCCUUUAUCUACGUUAUGGUUAAAGUAACGGUGCAAAAAGAACCGUUUAACUGCUAAUUGAAGUGAGAUGACCAAAGACAAAAAAAAAAUACUGUUAGAUCUGUUAGAUAUAUUAUGAGAUCUAAAACGCAGGGAUCUGCACCAGGUUUACUCGUGGUAUAUUAUAAAUAUGUUAAUCGAUUUCUCCUCUCCUAUCUCUUCCUAGCAUCGUAGCAGAAACUGAUUUGCAAAGAGAUAAAAAAAUUAGCCAGACUCGGCUGGCAAAAGCUGUGGGUGCAAUCGAUCUUGAAUGUAUACAUUUUACUGUGUCACGAUAAACGCGAUGAGCCAUUACGAUACGAUAGAUAUUAGUGAUUAAAGUGAAAACAAAAUGUGAGUGCGUUGCGCGCAUGCGAGCGUAGAAAAUUGUUACAUCCGUGUCAGCGUGAUCCUCUUUUCAUGUGUAUCUUACUGCGACUAAACGAGAGAGAAUUACGAGCAAUAACGCGGUAAGCCCACGUACGCCGAUUUAUUGUACGAUAAGUUUAAACGUUGCUGCAAUAUCAAUUUCGUAUCUUCACGUAAGAAACGUAACAGAAGAAGUGAUCUCUAGUAUUAGACAUCUUAUUUAAAAAGUGAAAUAAGAAAUUAAUGAUCAUAUUAAUGAUUGUUUCUAAUAUCUAAUAUUAAAUUAUCAGCCAUGAUCUAGUAUUGUGGAAAUAACGGAAUAAUUGUGAUAUAAUCAAAGAAAUCUAAACGAUAAAAGCAUCUAAAAUAAAUGUCAAAGAGAUAUCGAAUAGGAUUUUCCAGACGCCUGUUUUUGUGAGUAAAUUAUAACAAUUCGUAAAAUGUAUUGUUCACAUUUGCAUCUAGCUAUUAUGAUACGCAAAUAUCUGGAAGAUGUUUUAACUUUCUUUUUAAAUUAGUCUCUUUGUAACAUCUCUGGGACACCUACGUUGUUUGGAUAGACUUUGAUGUUGCGGCAGUCCUUAUUUUAUGAUGAUCCUAGAAACCGUAAGAGAAAUCCUCAACCGCGAUGUUUACAUGGUAAACGUAGCAUAUUUCCAAUAAAAUUAUAGUGACAUCGCAUGGAAGAGUGCGCGUGAAAAGGCGUUCACGUUUACGUAGCGUUUAGAGAGUAGGUGUAUUACGUCCAAGUACAUUUUUUCUAUGAGCGUUUUAUACCGAUGAUAAACUUGUUUUCUCAUGAUAAACGAUCACUUGGAAAUUUCGCUGAUGAUGAUAAUGAAUCAUGAUCGCUACCGUAGGUCGUAGAUUUAAAAAGAAGACAUAGAGGAUUUGAACUGACGCGAGCUCAACAGGAAACGAUCUAGAACAGAACAGAAAUGUCCCAACGCCGUAAAGGAUGUCCGAAAGGCGUUUGCUGGAUAGUUAGAAGAAACGCCCUUCGGACGUGCUUUGGAUGCCCUUUCGGGCUUUCGUGUUCGAAAAGAAAGCGACGAUUUCGAGCGACCCGAAGCGUUCGCGUUAUAUGGUAUAUAUAUUCGCGUAGACUGUUUCAUUCGGAUCACAUUUGGACCAUGUAUUUACAAAUUAUUAUGGUAAAGGCGUCGUGGCCUUUUUCCACUGGAUAUAGAGACUGAUAUUGUUUAAAUAAAGCCCACGUGCUAUCGGGAAUUUUACGUCCGACCGUUUUUGCAAAAUCUCCGAAGUGAAAUAUUUUUUCUCUCUAAAUCCGACGAGUAGCUGUACAACUGUUAUCCUUCAUCGAUCGCACACAAUUGUACAUAACAAUAUCUCGAGUGAUCGAACAUCGAAAUUGUUCAUAUAGGAAGACGUAUUCUCUGAAUGAGUCGUAAAUUUCACUAAUUCGCGAAUGAGUAUACCUUUCAAAUCUCUAGUGUGAUCGUCUAUGUAAUUUAAUUCUCAUGCGAUUGAUAGUAACGAUAUUAUGCGCCCCGGGAUUUACCUCGGGGGGGAAACACCUCGGACGUAUUGUUCCCGCGUUCUUUAUUUGCAAAUGUUUGCGAUGUUUAAAUUAUACGGUGAGACCUAAGAAAGGGCGAGAUCAGCGGUAUACGCAUAUUGUACUUAAAUGAAAAUUAUGCUCUUAAAUUAAUCGUGGAUUUCGCGACACCUUCUUCGGAGACAGCGUUCGCGUGGUCCGCCCCUCCCCCCCCCCUGUUCCCCGUUCAAAUGAAAAUUUUCGGUAAAUCUGUGAUAUAGGGACUGCUCUUUCUCUAUCUCUCUCUUUCUCUUUGACGCGUUUUGAUACAAAAGAUCGACACUGUCGUCUCGCGGCCGAACACCGCGAGAGUUACCGCGUGCCACCAAAGGAGGACGACGAUUAUCCACGAUUAUCGUAUCGAUAUAACCGUUUACAGGAACGGAGUUCGUCUCACGUGUGAUGCGCACACCAAAAAAAAUAUAUAUUUUCUCGUACGCCCGGCUUUCUUUACGUUCGAGUUUUUUCUUCAUCACCGUACAUUCACCGCGCGUCGACGUACGUUUCUCAUUCGUAUUGUACCUAAAGCGAAAACGAUCAGUACAUUGUUGUCAUUGUUUAUAUACCAAAGCUUAUUAUCAUUAAGUAACUUAACGAUUACUUUGUGUUAUUAUAUUAAUUGUCGUAAGCCUAUGCAGAUAAAUAUAUUAUGUAUCAUAUUAA